AUGGAACAACCACUACCAGCCUUGGUGUUCCAAAUCUUUGGCUUUGCCAUAAGCAUUCUUGCUCUCCUUGCUGAAUCGCAUUCAAAAAAUGUCUUAAACGUUCCCGCAACACUUGUGUCGCGAAUGCCGCCUCUGCAGCCAUCACCUCAUUUGCCAAUUUCACCGUCUCCUGUGCCGUAUCAUCGUUUACCAGCUCCACUACCUCCUCCGCCGUAUCAUCGUUUACCACCACGAUCUCCACCACCACAAGAUAGGUGGUGGAGAAAGUCCAAUAAAGGGUUCAAUUAUCCUCCAAGAAAGCUGCCACCACCGCCUCCGGAGAAAACUAUCAAUAAAGGGAAGAAGAUUGGGCUUUUGUUCGUGGGUAUCGCUGCGAUCCUCCAAAUUGGUGUGGUGGGGUUCUUGGCUUUCAAGAGAAGACAGCUUCUGAAGCUCAGGGACAGUUACGAGACCAGUUCUUAA